AUGCAGCUAUUCUCACUUCUGGCCGUCGCCGUGGCGGUCGGCGCCUCUACUUUGACACCUCCCGUUCUUCCGCUGAUUGUUCGCAACCCGUACCUCAGCACUUGGUUGGGCAACGCCCGCGAUGCGCCUUGGGAACAUUGGCCCAUGUUCUGGACCGGGAGCAGCGUCGGCCUCUCCGUCAUGGCAUCUGUUCCGGAGUCCAAUACUGUUUUUCCGCUGCUCGGACGACCUCAAGACUCCUUGUCCUCGGCUUCCAAGUGUGUUAGACCUGCAUGCGGACCCUUCCCAACAUACCUAGGCGCUACCUUUGAUGCUUCGACCACGAAUCUGUCGUACUCGAUUGCUCCGCCAAAGGGGUCUUCGGCGCCGGUCAAAAUCAUCCUUUCGUUUCUGUCCCCCAUCACGCCCACGUCAACCUUCCGCCAAUCCGUACCUGCUGCCUAUCUGACAAUCCAUGCCGAGGGGUCCUUCGAUGUCAACAUCUACACUGAUUUGAAUGGCGAGUGGGUGAGCGGCAACCGGGACAACAAGAUUGUCUGGGACCUCCUCAAGCCUCAAGGCGCCAAGGAGCAAAGUGCGGUCCUGAAGACCUGGCAGGUGUCAAGGCAAACACAACAACUUCUUACCGAGUUCGCCGACCACGCAGAAUGGGGAACGCUGCAUUUCACUGGCCCCGCCGACGUCUACCACCAAGCAGGAACGUCUAGAAUCCUGCGACAGCACUUUGCAACCAAAGGCAAUUUGAAGAACGAGGUAGAUACUUUGUACCGGAAGAUCAUGGACGAGGAGCCGGUGUUUGCCUUUGCCAAGACAUUCCACCUGAGUAACAACACUGGGGCCGGUCUUUCAUCGACAGACAGCGUGUUGUUCACUUUCGCCCUUGUUCAAGAUCCAGUUGUCCAGUUUGCAGCCGCCAGAGGGUUGACGCAGAUGAGGCCUCUGUGGUCGUUCUACUUUGCAACCUCACCCGAGCUAAUCCAAUACCACUAUGACGACUUUGCCGUCGCCGACCUACUGGCAAGAAACUAUUCGGACCAGCUGGCCGUUGACGCUUUUGCCUCCGGCUCCCAGGACUACCAAGACAUUGCUGCGCUGUCUGCCCGCCAAGUCCUCGGUGCAACCCAGUUCUCAGGAACUCCUGACGACCCCAUCCUGUUCCUAAAGGAAAUAUCCUCAAACGGAAACUUCCAGACUGUCGACGUCAUCUUUCCAGCGUUUCCAUUCUUCCUGUACACGAAUCCUCGCUGGCUUGCUUACCUUCUCGAACCUCUUUUGGAACAUCAACUGAGCGGCCAAUACCCGAAUGACUACAGUAUGCAUGAUCUGGGCUCACAUUUCCCCAAUGCUACUGGACACCCCGAUGGCAAGGAUGAGUACAUGCCCGUGGAGGAGUGCGGAAACAUGCUCAUCAUGGGGUUGGCCCUCGUCAACGCCUUCAAGUACGACACUCAGCCGGCGUUCAUCCAGUCCGCUGAUGGUCUUGCUGGUCCACUAAUGUUGCUGGACCCCAAGAACUCCGGCGGGCGACCCUUGGCGCUGUCUCCCGAUAUGUAUGGCAUGGAUCGUUCAUCAGCUGUCACUGCCUUCAGAGGAGCCAAGGAGGCUGAAAAAUGGGUGUCUAGGUCUUACGAACUUUGGACCAAGUGGACGGGAUAUCUCGUUCGCGAGUCGCUGAUCCCAGCUAACCAGCUCUGCACUGAUGAUUUUGCCGGCUGGCUUGCCAAUCAAACAAACCUCGCCUUGAAAGGCAUCAUUGGGAUCAAGGCCAUGGCCGAGAUCGCCGACGUCUUGGGGAAGACGGAUGACUCCAAGUACUACUCGGAUAUCGCCAGCGACUAUAUUGAACAAUGGCAAGGCUUCGGGAUCUCAAGAGACGGCUCCCACGCCAAGCUGGCGUACACGUGGUACGGCUCCUGGACGACCAUCUAUAACCUCUACGCAGACUCCCUGCUUUGCUUCCACUUGCCAGAACGAAAGGCGGCAUCACAGGGUGGACGUAUCGUAGAGUGGUUGCAAAGGACCUUGCGUAUGGGCUCCAAGACGUCCUUCAUCCCGGACAAGGUCUACAACAUGCAAAGCAACUGGUACCAUGCGGUUCUGCAGCAUUACGGCCUUCCGCUGGACAGCCGUCAUUUGUAUACGAAGAGCGACUGGCAAUUCUUCGCCGCGGCCGUCACGAGCAAAAGAACUCGCACUGAGAUACUUCAGAGUAUCGCGGGAUGGGUCAACGAGACGACAACUGACCGACCCUUGACCGACCUGUACGAGACGGAGGGCACUGGUGGAUGGCCCGGGCCACAUUUUAUGGCCAGACCUGUUGUUGGGGGCCACUUUGCCUUCCUGGCAUUGGAAAGAGCAUGUGGAGGAAAGGCAGUCGAGGGUCUCAGCUUCUUAGAUGAGCCGGAGGCGUUCACGGAAAUAGAUGUGCGUAGGGCUCUCGAGGUAGAGACUGUCGACGGAGGGGACGUUGAGCAACUACCAGUGAUGGAAGACUUGUAG